AUGUUGUUAAUCUACGGCUCUUAUAAACAAGCCACCAUGGGUGACAUAAACACAGAUAGACCUGGAAUGUUGGACUUUAAAGGCAAGGCCAAGUUGGAUGCCUGGAGUGAAUUGAAAGGGACCUCCAAAGAAGAUGCCACGAAAGAUUACACAGACAAAUUAGAACUGAAGAAAAAGUAA